GUUUUUAUAUUUCGGAUAAUGCUUACAAAGUUUUGGCAACAUUGUUUCUACCGUUUCAAAUCAAAAUUGAAUUUUAACGGUUUCUACGUAGUUUCAUGUUUCAGAUAAUUGUAUAUAAUUCUUUAAAGCCUGGUGCAUGUGCUGUAUAAAAAAUCGUUAUUUAUAAUUACUAAUUUGUAUAGUGAUAACUGACGAUGUCUCAGUUUAAAUAUUUAAACGAAAUGAACGCUCUCCUAAACAUUGAUGGACCUUUAACAAAUGUGCCCAUGCCAAGGUGGCAGAAAAAAAAAGCACAAGAGAAUAAUUUAAGCGUAAUAUCAAAUGGACCAUUAAAUUCUUCAAAAUCAGUGUUAUCUUCGUCAACAAAUACAACUAUUUCUACAAACAAAACAACCCCAAAUAAAUUGACUGGAAGUGAUAUAGUAAGAACAAAAAAGACUCCUUCAAAGACUCCUGCUAAGGGGAAAUCACCAAGUCGAUCAAAAACCCCUACUCCGAAUAAAGGAGCUAAAACGCCAGGUGGAGGAGACAGAUUCAUUCCCACAAGAAGUGCCAUAAACUUUGAUCUAGGACAUUUUAAAAUUAAUCAAGAUGACAGCUCUGCUGACAGUCCCUCAAAAGAUUUACAGAAAGUAAUGUGUGAAAACUUGCACGGAACAGACAUAAGUAAGCAAAGAAUAUUGUCUUAUCAAGUAAAGGCUCCUGCACCACCAGAAGGUUUCCAAAACCCAAUGAGAGUAGUGUACACCCAAACAAAAACUCCAGCAUCUGCAAAAAGCAACAACAGAUACAUUCCUCAAGCUCCAGACCGAAUUUUGGAUGCUCCAGACAUUAUUGACGAUUACUAUUUGAAUCUCGUGGACUGGAACGCCAAUAAUGUACUUGCAGUAGCUCUGGAGUCUCAGAUAUAUUUAUGGGAUGCAGGAUCAGGAAAAAUAGAACAACUACUUCAACUAGAAGGUAAUGACUAUGUUUGUUCAGUCUCUUGGAUCCAAGAAGGCAAUCACCUGGCAGUGGGGACAACUAAGGGAACCAUCGAAUUAUGGGAUUGCAACCAAAUGAGGCGCAUGCGCACGAUGGAUGGACAUUCUGCCAGGGUUGGGUCCUUGGCAUGGAAUUCCUAUAUAUUAACCAGCGGCUGCAGAAGCGGUCAGAUAAUUCAUCACGAUGUCAGACAAAGAGAACAUAAUGUUUUGACCGUUUCCGGCCACACCCAGGAAGUGUGUGGACUUAGAUGGUCCACUGAUGGGAAGUACCUAGCCAGUGGGGGCAACGACAAUGUUCUAAACAUUUGGCAAGCAGUUAACGGUGGUAAUCAUUCACAGCCCACACCAGUUUAUACUCUUACGUCUCACCAAGCAGCAGUAAAGGCUCUCGCAUGGUGUCCCUGGCAACCCAACAUUUUAGCCAGUGGAGGGGGCACAGCUGACAGACAUAUAAGAUUCUGGAACUGUAGCAAUGGAUCUUGCGUUAACGCGAUUGACACUAAGUCCCAAGUAUGUGCGUUAUUAUGGUCUCCAACUUAUAAAGAAUUGGUUUCUGGUCAUGGAUUUGCUAAUAAUCAGAUCAUUAUAUGGAAAUAUCCCGGAAUGAAAAAGAUGACGGAACUUACAGGACAUACGGCCAGAGUUUUGCAUCUUGCAAUGUCCCCUGAUGGGACCACGGUCCUUUCAGCUGGCGCUGAUGAGACUUUGAGACUAUGGAAAUGUUUCGUGAAGAAUUCAACUAAAAAGGAGACCACUGGCCCAGUUAAGGCGAAGGCUAGUGCUCUUAAACAAAGUAUUCGAUAAAAUAAGCGCCCUUUUUUUGCUGUUGACUGAUAUACCUACUUAUUAAAUUUAAGACUUUACACAUUAUUUAUAUUGUGUAUAAUACCUGUUUUAUGAGGGUGUAUGUGCACCAGACAAUUAUUUUUAUAAUAAUAAAAUAUGAAGGCAAAUAUUUCUCUUUAAUAUUAUGGGCGUUAAAACGUACAAAAAAAUAAUUUUUAUAACGAUAUAAAAUUAUCGAAUAAGAAAAAAUAAAAAAAAAAAAA